UGUAAGUCGCUUUGGAGAAAAGCAUCAGCUAAAUGAAUGAAUCUGUGCUUUGUUUGUCCACAUGGUAACAAACAUGCUGUCAGCCCAGUUAGUAUUUCUGUUCUUUGAUCAUUUUCUCUUAGGUCAUUUUGCAAGAAAUAACUCGGCAAACGUUCAGGGUAAACACAUUUUUGUGGCCAAAAGCGCCUUUCGCUUUAACGGGUAACACAUCUAAUAACACCGAUGUAUGUAAUAAUGUUUUCAGUGAUUAUCUGUUUGUUAUGACUGAUGAAAACACUGUAAAAAAAAAAAAAGUCAAGGUACAAAGUGCACAAUUGCUGUCCAAGUUAAUAUUAACUGUACAAAGUUGCAGCGAUUUAAAAUUCCGCCCACGUGCCCAUCAUCAGCGACUGCUUGUCUACUGCAAGGGCGUGGUGGUUCAGAGUCUAUCCUGGAAGCAUAGGGCAUGAGGACAACCUGAUGGGCCACAACCCAUCACAGGGGAGCUACAUAUAUAUAUCCACCUCCAGCAUGUGCGGCAUAUGGGCCUUGUUCGGCAGCGACGAAUGCCUGUCCGUUCAGUUCAACAGCGCCAUGAAGAUCGCCCACCGCGGGCCCGACGCGUUCCGCUUCGAGAGCAUCAGCAAGUUCGCCAACUGCUGCUUCGGCUUCCACUGGCUGGCCAUCGUGGACCAGCUGUACGGGAUGCAGCCGCUGCGCAUCCAGAAGUUCCCGUACCUGUGGCUGUGCUACAACGGGGAGAUCUACAACCACCUGAGGCUUAAAGCCCACUUUGAGUUUGACUACCAGACCAUGGUGGAUGGGGAGAUCCUGCUCCACCUGUACGAGCGCUUUGGGGUUGAGAAGAUGAUCUCCCUCCUGGACGGGGUGUUUGCCUUCAUCCUGCUGGACGUGGCCAACCGCAAGGUCUUCCUCGGGAGGGACACCUACGGCGUGCGUCCCAUGUUCAAGCUCGUCACAGAUGACGGCUUCCUGGCUGCGUGUUCGGAGGCCAAAGGCUUGAUGGCUCUCAGCCACACCAUGGACUCUCCUGCUUCCAUCACUCCCUUCCCGCCUGGACACUUUGAGGUUUUUGACCUGAAGAUGAGCGGCAAGGUGGAGUCCCUACAGCUAGACCGCUUUCACAGCUGCACCAGCGAGCCGAGGCACGCUAUCUACGAUGCCGUCAAGAUGCUUCCCCAAGGGUUCGAUCUGGAGACGGUGAAGAGCAACAUCAGGGUCCUGUUUGAGAACGCUGUGCGGAAAAGGCUGAUGGCGCACAGGAGAAUCGGCUGCCUGCUUUCAGGUGGUCUGGACUCCAGCCUUGUGGCCGCGAUGCUCGUGAAGCUGGCCCGCGAGGAGGGCCUCGAGUACAAAAUCCAGACCUUCGCCAUCGGCACCGAGGACAGUCCGGACGUCCAGGCCGCUCGCGGGGUGGCAGCGUACAUCGGCACCGAGCACCACGAGGUGAACUUCACGCCCCAGGAAGGUAUCGCGGCCCUGGAUGAGGUCAUCUUCCACUUGGAGACCUAUGACAUCACCACCGUCCGCUCGUCCGUAGCGAUGUACCUCGUGUCAAACUACAUCCGCUCAAAGACGGACAGCGUGGUGAUCUUCUCCGGCGAGGGAUCCGAUGAGUUCACGCAGGGUUACCUGUAUUUCCACAAGGCCCCCAACCCGACGGCUGCCGCCGAGGACAGCGUACGCCUCAUGAAGGAGCUCUACUUGUUUGAUGUGCUGCGGGCCGACCGGACGACCGCUGCGCACGGGCUGGAGCUCAGGGUGCCUUUCCUGGACCACAGACUCACGGCAUACUACCUCUCGCUGCCCCCGGAGAUGAGGGUGCCCAAGAACGGUGUGGAGAAGCACCUGCUGAGAGAUGCCUUCAAAGACCUCAACCUGAUCCCAGAGAACAUCCUGUGGAGGCGCAAGGAGGCCUGCAGUGAUGGCCUCACCUCCGUCAAGAAGUCCUGGUACUCGAGCGUGCAGGACCACCUAGAGUCUAAGGUCAACAAUGAGCAGCUGGAAAAUGCGGCAAAAACAUUUCCCCACAACCCACCCGGCACAAAGGAGGCCUACUACUACCGGCAGGUCUUCGAAAAGCACUUCCCAGGCCAGGCCCGGUGGCUCUCGCACUACUGGAUGCCUCGGUGGAUCCAGGCUACGGACCCCUCUGCCAGGACUCUGUCCAUAUACAAUCCCGACAAGGCAACUGACGACAAAUAGGAUUUCAAGUGUGUGACCAGGGCUUCCAUGGAAACGGCAGCACCAUGGUCCUCAUUCUGUAAAAAUGUUAAAUUUACAAUGCCUUUUAGUUGCGGAGACAAAACCUCAUACAUAAAUGCAAUAUUAAAAAUAUUUUACUUUGACAGGAGUGUCUAAAAAUGAAUAUUUUUUUUUUAAUUAAGAUGUACUGUAUAAACUACACAAAAACUGAACUGCUGAGUGAAAUGAAAGUAUUUACCACGUGAAUGAGUACUGCAGGGAUUGACCUUGAUUUACAGCAUGAACUUUUAAGUGUGGUCAAGAAUGGUGUGGCUUACGGAGUGCACUGUUAGAAGCUGCUGUGUGCUUUCAUGUGGGUUGUCAUGGUGAUGAGGUUUAUUUUUGGUGUCAGUCUCAUCAUUCCUGUGUUUGCGGCGUUAACAUCAGGUUGCAAGUUUUUGACAGUCCCUGAAACAACAGCGGUUUGUAAUGACAUUACAACUGAAAAAGAAAUGUGUGGAUUGAGCCACUAACAGCGCUGUUAUUCAUUCCACGCUUAAAUGAUUAAAAGGUUGGAGACCGAUGUACUUGAUGUACUUACUCAGAAAGGUUUCAAGAGCACUUCUCACUGUGUCCCUGAAGCUUGUUGGGUCACAGCCCUUUGUGGAUGUUCUUCCCUUCCCGUGUCCCCUGCAUCCAAUUGCUGUAUGACCUUUUCUGUAUCUUGCUAAACACUCCUGUUCAUAUUCUUUGUUCCAUUAUUAAAUAGUCAGGAACCAAGUUCUGUCUUUUACUUUCUCCUAACCAACCUUCCCUACCUUAUAGUAUGAUACUAAGCAGAUGUUUUACACUUCUGUAGUUUCUCUAAAAAAGUGCCACUUUUAUCAGUUGUAUUGUUUUUGACAAUUCCGUCAUAACCAAUGUAAUUUCUUUGCCGCUAGAAAAACCCAAGUAUUGGAAAUGCUUGAAAUGUCAAGUUAAUGCCAUAACUAUAUUUUGAAGAUAUAUUUUUAUUUCUUGAAUGUUUUAAUAGCACUGAAUGAAAACAAGUGACAAGUUGGCAAGUGACAGUGUGUCUGUAUGGCUUUAAAAGCAAGGUUCAAGUCAUAGUUGAAGUAUUCCUGUGUUGGAUGAACUGUGAAUAAUUAUAGAAACAGCUGUGAUGCUUCCUGAGAACAUGGACUUCACGGGUACAGGUAUG